AUGGCGGAUGCAGAGGAGGGGUAUGGGAUGCCAGACACCCCAGUGGACCCUGACCAAAAGGAUACGCAGUGUGAUCCUAAACAGGACAGUCAGCUGGGGGCCAGCAGCAAGACCCCCACAUCACCCCAGGCAGCCUUCACCCAACAGGGCAUGGAAGGUAUAAAGGUGUUUUUGCACGAGAGAGAGUUGUGGCUGAAGUUUCACGAGGUUGGCACAGAAAUGAUCAUUACAAAAGCUGGAAGGCGUAUGUUUCCCAGCUACAAGGUGAAGGUUACUGGACUCAAUCCAAAAACCAAGUACAUCCUCCUCAUGGACAUUGUGCCUGCAGAUGACCAUAGAUACAAGUUUGCUGAUAACAAGUGGUCUGUCACUGGAAAGGCUGAGCCUGCAAUGCCAGGUCGGUUGUACGUUCACCCAGAUUCUCCUGCCACAGGAGCACAUUGGAUGAGGCAGCUGGUUUCCUUCCAGAAGCUAAAGCUAACCAACAACCACCUUGAUCCAUUUGGCCAUAUAAUCCUGAAUUCCAUGCAUAAGUACCAGCCUCGUCUCCAUAUUGUCAAGGCAGAUGAAAACAAUGGUUUUGGGUCUAAAAACACGGCAUUUUGCACCCAUGUAUUCUCUGAAACAGCAUUCAUAGCUGUCACCUCAUACCAGAAUCACAAGAUCACACAGUUAAAGAUAGAAAACAAUCCCUUUGCAAAAGGAUUUCGAGGAAGUGAUGACAUGGAGCUUCACCGCAUGUCCAGGAUGCAGAGCAAAGAGUAUCCAGUAGUUCCAAGAAGCACAGUCAGACAAAAAGUAUCCUCCAACCACAGCCCAUUCACCUCAGAACCCCGGAACAUCACAGGGUCCUCUAACCUCAGCUCCCAAUACCAGUGUGAGAACGGAGUGAGCAGCACUUCUCAGGACCUUCUUCCCUCUUCAAACUCUUAUUCCACCUUGCCCCAUGAACCUGGCCCUAUUUACCACUGUAACAAGAGGAAAGAGAGGCAAUGUGAGACAGCUGAGCAUCCUUACAAGAAGUCUUACAUGGAUACAUCUCCAGCUGAAGAGGACCCUUAUUACCGUUCUGGCUACCCACAACCUUCAUCCUCUUCUUCUACUUCCACCUCGUUUCGCACAGAGUCAGCCCAGCGCCAGGCUUGUAUGUAUGCUAGCUCAACACCAGCCACAGAAACAGUGCCCGCCUUGGAGGACAUUUCCUGCAACAGCUGGUCAAAUGUGCCUUCGUACAGCAGCUGUACAGUAGGAGGGGGAAUGCAACCCAUGGAGCGCCUUCCAUACCAGCACUUCUCUGCCCACUUCACUUCAAGCUCUCUCAUGCCCAGAUUGGGUAACCAUGUGAGCACCCAGCCUGCAGAUUCCCACUCCAUGUUUCAGCACCAAUCAUCUCACCAAGCAGUUGUAAGGCAAUGUACUACCCAAUCUGGGAUACAGCAGGCAUCAGCUCUCCAAACCUCUGAGUUUCUGUACCCCCAUGGUGUGCCUCGGACCCUUUCCCCCCAUCAGUACCACUCCGUUCAUGGAGUGGGAAUGGUGCCAGACUGGAAUGACAACAGCUAA